AUGCUGCGCUUCUUCAUCCAGGAUCCAGAUGUAUCAGAAGACCAUGCGCCUUGGGCUGAAGUAGCUUGGUACAAUCAAGCUGCUGACACAAACGAAGGCGUCUCGUGUUAUGAGAUGUCACCUGUGGAGGACAGUUAUCAUAGCCCCAGUUGUGCCUCCAACCUCCAUGCAGCAGGGACAUCCUUGGUUGCACAACUCAGAGCAGACGCAGAUCCAGCGGCAGAUCCAUCAACAAGAAAGCUACCUCCUGGUGAACGGGCAGCUAGAUUGGAGGAUCAAAGAAAAAGACUUGUGGGACUCCAGAUAGAGGGACCCCUGGAAUGCGCCUACAGCACACUUGACCUCUUUGCAGGAAUGAUCUGUGUGUCGCGCAACCAUGAAAUUAUGAACCUUAAGCCGUCAAAGGAGCUGAAAAUAGAUUCAGCAGGAUCAGUAAAUGUUCGCGAAACAGCACCCACGAUGGAGUGCCAAAUCCACACAGAGCUCGAGUGCCAACAGGCCAUGCAACGCAGAGCCCUUGCCAUGGAUGCAGUAGGCCUAAUCAGCUUUGAAGUUGGCAUGGCGUGGAUCAAUUCCCUGUUCAACAUUAUGACUCAACCAGUUGCGCCUGGUUUUGCACGUAUCUCCUUAGUGCAAUUGUUGCGCACGGAUCGCGUGGCCUUUGCAAGAAUGUCAGAGCUCUCCCGAGGAGGCAUUCGUCCAUCAGCAGCUGGGGUACGUCCCCUUGACAAUAUACUCAAGACUAUGCGUGAUGACAGCUCAGUCAUGUUCUACAUGCUUCCGACGCUUGCCAUGCAUGCGCCUCCCAAAAGGACCUGGGACGAAAUGACCUGGGGCAACAAGGGCAAGGAGGCCUUUGGCAAAGGCAAGCUCCCUGAAGCCCUUCGCAAAGCCGGUUGCGUAGCCAUGGACCGUCAAGGCAGACGCCGGUGCUUCGGAUACAAUCUCGACGGAUCGCUGUCCGUUGCCAACACUGGCUCUGCUCCCGCUGCACGUGCCAAAGCCAAAUCCUUCGCAGUGGAAUGGUCGCUCGAACAGCCUCAUCGCUCACUCUUCUGGAAGACCGUAUGGUGGCGUGCUGUCCUACAGCACUUGCGGCCCUACUUCAUUUUCUUUGCCAACUGUAUGCAUGGCGGGGCCCGUCCAAAGCGGACGUGCCUGGCAACGUCGGUUUCUGCAUUGGUUGCACUGUCCCGGGAGUGUGACAACCAACAUACGCAUUUUUCGUGGGGAAAGUGCGGACUAGGAUGGUCCACUACUGCGGAAGUCGAAUAUCCGCAUGAGCUCUGUAAGCUUUGGUCUCAGCUCCUCAUCAUGCAUCUUGUCAAGCAGGGUGCCAUUGCCCCUAUCCAGCAUUCCGCUCAAGACCAGCCACAUGCCUUCAGUUCAGUUUCCACCUUGACUCAGACCCGAAAGAGCCCAGCGCUCAUGCCCGAGUUCAAGCACGUGCAAUCCCUGACUGCCCUUAAGCCACCUGACCUUAAGGCCAAUGCUCAGAUGGACUUGAGCGACCUGAUCAAGAUGCGAACCGUGUUUUUCAAUCAUUGGACCCAACGUGCCAAAGCGCUCACCUGUGAGGAGAAGAAACUCCACCAAUCUUUGCCAACCCAUCGGCGAGAAAUCUUGAAGGGCAAACGUCUUCUUUUGAUGAAGGAGAUGCUUACUGAACUGGGCUACAGGGACGUUACAUUGGUUGAUGAUCUUAUUAGUGGUUUUAGCCUUGUGGGUCAGACGCCAGAUGCAGCUGCCCUGCCCAGCACUUUUCAGCCCGCUUUCCUCAGUGAGGAUGAUCUGCUUCACGAACGCAGAGACGCCAACCUUGCCAUUCUUCAUUCCACUCAGUCAACGGGUGACGCCGAGUUGGAUCACGAGCUUUGGACCAAGUCACAAGAAGAGGUCAACAAAGGCUGGCUAGCCAAAAUAGAUGACCUCAAAGAUGCCGUAAACAAUGGCAGGAUUUCAAGACGCUUUCCCCUACGUCAAGGAGGAAAGGUGAGGUGCGUUGACAACUACUCGGAGAGUCAGAUCAAUGACUCCAUCACCAUCACGUCCAAAGUUACCGUGGACGGGCCUGACACAGUUGCUGCAUCCGCGGCCGAGACCAUCAAAGCCCUGCAGGCAGAAGGUAAGUGUACAAAGCUGAAGGCGCGUGCCUUGGAUCUGAAAAGCGCUUAUCGCCAACUGCCAAUUUCGGAUUCCUCCUUGAAGUAUGCCAGGCUAAGCAUUUUCAAUCCCGAAUCCCAGAAGGCCGAAUGUUUCCAGCAGUACGCCGUUCCCUUCGGUGCAAGAGCAAGCGUUGUUGCUUUCAUAAGGUGCGCGCGAGCUCUCCAGUGGUUAGCUUUGCAAAUUUAUCUCAUUGUAACUUGUUACUUUGACGACUAUUGCAACAUGGCACCGGACCAGGGCAGUGACAAUGCCGAGAAAGCCUUGACCAUGCUGUUCGACCUAUUAGGCUGGAGUUAUGACAGAGAUGGGCCAAAGAGCGGCAGCAUGUCGGAAUCCAUCUCCCUUCUUGGAGUUGUUCUUAACCUCUCGCAAUCAGGUGAGGGCAAAGUCUUGAUUGAGAACACCGCUUCGAGAAAAGAAGAGCUGAAAGAAGAGAUCAGCAGGUUUUUGGCCGCUGGCAGAAUCAACCAACCAGAGACUUCGAAACUCAAGGGCAGGAUGACGUUCGCCGAGGGACAGUUGUUUGGAAGAGUGUGCAGGGCGCUCUUUAAUGCGCUGGGUCGCCACCUUCACGAACAUCCGCCUGGUGGCUUGCUGGACGAUGACUGCCGCGCCAGCAUGACACUUUUCCUUGAAUACAUUCAACAUGGAAGACCGCGCGCAGUGGACGCCCAGUCCAAGACUACAUUCUUCCUUUUCACAGAUGCCCACUUCGAGACGAGCACCUUCACUGGUGGCAUUGGCGCCGUUCUAGUGGACAACCAGGGCAAGGUAGUCCAGUGGUUCUCCCACAUGCUUGACAGGGACAAUUGCCGCCAAAUAGCGACUUCUGAUGAGGAGCAAAUCAUAACGGAGCUAGAGGCUGUGGGCGUUCUUGCGGCAAUCAAUCAAUGGAAAUCUUGGUUUUGCAAGAAGCAGCAGAAGCACAUGGUUUGUUUCCUGGACAAUGAGGGUGCUCGAGGUGCCAUCUUGCGAGGAAGAUCCCACAACUCCUUGCUGAAUGCAAUAGCCCAUCAGAUAUGCGAGACAGAAGACAUCAAUUGCAUUUUCCCUUGGUAUGCGCGCAUCCCUUCGAUCAGCAACUUGGCCGACCCUCCAUCAAGAGGAAUACCCCAUCCGUGGCUAGUGGCCGAUAAAGAAGUCAAGCUUGAGGCCAACUUGUUCGCUUGUUUGGCUUGA